GAGCACAACGCUGACACGAUUCGGAGCAUACUAAAAUUAGUUACAAGGUUCGCUCCUUCAUGAAUGUGACGGACGAAGCGGGCUCUUCGUUAUAGUCUAGAAUGUCACAGUAUCGGAAAUUCCAUGGGCCAUGGCUUACCUUCACCGUAUUCAAGAAUAGGCAUGGACAUCGAAGACUGCAUGCACAGACGCACGUUCUUCAUACUGUCGGCAUACCCUCUAGCAGAUACGAGAGCUCAUGCGCUUUAAAGAAUGCACCGCACCGGAGCUUGAUCAGAGGACCUACAAUUAUAUUGAGCUGCAUUGAACCACAGGUCCCGCAACAGCCGAGGCCUCAGGCCUCAGGUCUUCUCAGCAUGUUGCUAUUCUCGUCUGCUCAGCAACUAGUCCCCCAUAUGUGCAGCUCGCAUCUCUUCGGACCUCCCUCCCUAUGGACGCAUUGGAAGCCAAUACCCAUAGUGCUGACUACUGUACCUCCAGGCCUUGAGAUCCAAUGCAAUGCCAAACCCGACCAAGGACACGAAGUUUUCCUCAGCCUGCUCUUCCUAUCCGCAUGCCCGGCACAUAUGCGCAUUCAGAACGCUGAUACUGGCUUGUACAUGGACGUCAAGGGUUCCUCGCAAGAUAAUUUCUCAGGCCCGGGAACUCAUUCCUUGAUCAACCGCUCAACCAGCCGUUCACCCCGAAUUAAGUGCCAACCUUGGGACAGUUGUGGUCAAUUAACAGCACUCUCCGUUUUAUGCACUGGCAGAGCACCUGUCCCGCGACUGCUGGUGGUGCCUCCUAUGAUCUGUGGAGAUCCCGUUCAGUCUCGUUGCCUUACACCACCGUCGGCUCCAGCGACUCGGAUUCCUCUAGAACCACAGUCUGGUGCAUUCAAUCAGACUUGAAUCUUUCAGCCCAUUUAGCGGCUAGG